AUAGCGAUACAGGAGACUGGUAUCAUCAAUGCGUUGCCUGUUGAUUGUCCAAUAGCGAUACAGGAGACUGGUAUCAUCAUUGAGUUGAAGUUGGCGGUUGGGUGAAAUUUGGCUCCUUAAUUUCCUAAACUUCAGGAGUGUUUCUCGAGCAUCUAAACGUAACCUAUAUCUCGAGUUUACAAAAUGGAUCCAAACAGGCCACCAAUGCCAGGCCUUCCCUGGCGUGGACGCGGUAUAGAAACCGGUGUAGGACGAACCAGAGGUUUUAUCACUCCUUUUGAUAACUCACAAAGUCAAAGACUAGGUAUCACCUCUGCUGGACGGGCGAGAGGGCUGCAGCCUGAUGAUGGAGGGCUUGGUCGAGCAAGAGGGUGGCUCUCUUCUGCAACAGAACCUACAGUAGGGGCAUCAAGAAGCACAAUCCUUCCUAGUAGAGAGCCACUCUGUGCAGAAACACCCACUCAUGCAAUGAUGGAGCAAGCCCUUACACAAGAAGACCUGGCCAGAAAAGAGGUGGAUUUCCCUACACAUGGUCAAGGAUCUACGCUGGUGUCCAUGAUAAGAGGAAUUGGCUUAGAACCCUCAAUGGCCUCAUGGGGAAGAGGAACAUUACCCUUAGGAAGAGGAGCAGCUGGUGAAAAGGAAGAGCUAAAGAAGCCAAGUGCUGCAGGUGUGGCUUCCAGUGGGCAACAGAUCAGUGGCCUCAUACAAGGAGUCAUGGGCAGAGGGCGCAGCUUUCUUGGCCAAGAUUUCCCCAAAAUGAUGGUGGGGCUUGGAAGAGCAGCAAUGCCCCCUCCUGGAAUGGCACGAGGAUCUCCUUUAUUUCCUCCACCGUUACCUCUCGAUAUCGGUUCUCGUACCUCUGAACCUGCCGUAUAUGUUCACUCUCAGAUUGCUGACACAGCGUCCACUGCUGAAGAGAUACCAGACCCCAUUGUAGCAGAAAAGAAAGCAAUGGAAAUGGAGACAGUCCAUACACCGCUCAACAAGGCCGGAUCCAAAGGAAAUCCUGUAACAAUUGGCUCCAAUUACAUUUCCAUUCACUGCAAGAACAAAGCUAUCUAUCAGUACCAUGUGACAUUUACACCAAAUAUUGAAUCCAUGUCGAUGCGUUUUGGCAUGAUGAAAGAUCACCAAUCGACCAUCGGAGCUGUCAUGGCAUUUGAUGGCUCAAUACUCUACCUUCCUCUGAAACUCAAGGAUGAGGUGGUUCUCAAGAGUGUCAGACGAACUGACAAUGAGGAAAUCCAAAUAAAAAUUCAGAUGACAAAGAUUUUGCCACCCAACUCUGAUCUAUGCAUUCCUCUCUACAAUGUUGUACUCAGGAGGGUCAUGAAAAUACUUGGACUGAAGCUAGUAGGGAGGAAUCAUUAUGAUCCAGAAAGUGCUGUACUUCUUGGAAAACAUCGCCUGCAGGUGUGGCCAGGCUAUUCAACAAGUAUCAAACAAACAGAUGGAGGCCUGCAUCUGUGUGUGGAUGUGUCUCACAAAGUCUUGCGUAAUGACUCUGUGCUGAAUGUCAUGAACAUUCUAUACCAACAAAGCAAAGAGAAAUUCAGAGAUGAAUGUACCAAGGAACUCGUUGGUAGCAUCAUCAUCACCCGAUACAACAACCGCACCUAUCGCAUUGAUGCCAUCGAGUGGGACAAGUCGCCCAAAGACACCUUCACCCUGAUGAAUGGCACAAAAACUUCAUUUGUGGACUACUACAGCAAGAAUUAUGGGAUUACUAUCAAAGAGAUGGACCAACCUCUUCUCAUGCAUCAUCCAAAGGAGCGGUCUAAACCAGGCGGAAAGCAAGUCAUUACUGGAGAGAUCCUCAUAGUCCCAGAGCUUUCCUACAUGACCGGGAUUCCAGAAAAUAUGAGGAAAGAUUUCAGAGUGAUGAAGGACCUGACCAUGCACAUCAAAGUAAAUGGUGAGCAGCACACUCAAUUGAUAAAGCAACUUUUGAAGAACAUGAGCACCAACCCUGACAGUCUGAAGGAAGUCACCCAAUGGGGCUUGGAAUUUGUCUCAGAAAUUCUUCUGGUGAAAGGUAGAACUCUUCCCCUUGAAACAAUCUGUGUUCAGACUUCAUCAUUUACCACUGGCGCUGAUGGGUCUUGGUCCAGAGACGUCGUCAGGCUAGCCUCCAUCAGCUCUAUACCGCUGAAAAUGUGGGCCAUCUUCUACCCUCGUCGCUGUGCAGAACAGGCUGAAGAGUUGAUUUUGACCUUCAACAAGGUGGGUGGACCUCUUGGGGUGCGAGUGGAUCGUCCAAUGUGUGUGGAGCUGAGGGAUGAUCGUACAGAAACCUACGUCAAAAGCAUCCACUCCCAGCUCAGUAGUGAGCCUAAUUUGCAGCUUGUAGUGUGCAUCCUGGUAGGGAACAGAACUGAUCUCUACAGUGCCAUCAAGAAGCUUUGCUGUGUUCAAAAUCCCAUACCAUCACAGGCCAUCAAUAUCCGGACAAUUUCCCAACAACAGAAGUUGAGAAGUGUCGCUCAAAAGAUUCUCCUGCAGAUAAACAGCAAAUUAGGAGGAGAACUUUGGACUGUUAAUGUCCCCUUGAAAAACUUGAUGGUGGUGGGAGUUGACGUCCAUCAUGACACCGGCAAGGCUCACCAAUCAGUCAUGGGAUUUGUUGCAAGCAUCAACAGUGCACUGACUCGAUGGUACUCCAGAGUAACUUUUCAGGCACCCAAUGAUGAACUCAUCAAUGGCUUCACUGUUUGCUUAUUGGCUGCACUGCACAAGUACCAUGAGGUGAACCACAACCUGCCGGAAAGGAUUGUAGUGUAUCGGGAUGGCGUGUCUGAUGGACAGCUCAAGAUGGUUGAGCAAUUUGAAAUCCCACAGCUAAUCAAAUGCUUUGAGAGAUUCCCCAGCUACGAACCAAAGCUUGUCUUCAUUGUCGUUCAAAAGCGAAUCAACACUACCCUAUUUUCAUGGGUUGAUAACACCUUUGGCAUACCUUCGCCUGGAACUGUUUUGGAUCACACGCUCACUCGGAAGGAAUGGGUUGACUUCUAUCUGAUGGCGCAUCAUACUCGUCAUGGUUGUGGAUUGCCUACGCACUACAUUAUUCUGUGCAACACUGCAAACCUCAUGCCAGACCAUUUGCAAAGGCUGACCUUCAAGAUGUGCCAUUUGUACUGGAACUGGCCGGGCACUAUCCGUGUUCCAGCACCGUGCAAAUACGCACACAGACUGGCCUACCUCUCAGGCCAGUACCUCCAUUCUGAACCAGCCAUCCAGCUGGCUGACAAGCUAUUUUUUCUUUAACUAUGUAUAGUAAGCUCAAUUUAAAAAUGUUGUAAGAAACCAAUCUAUGUCUAUUGUUGACUGUUGAAUACUAAACCAAAUACUAUCGUGUUCUGUUGUUCUGGUUAUACUAUGUCUAGUAAGCUCAAUUUAAAAAUGUUGAAAGAAACCAUUCUGUGU